AUGACAGCUAACAAGACCAGUGCCAUCCUCCAUCGGGAUACAAGCUUUAUUCCCAAGAAAGCCAUCGGCGGGAAGGGGAGCUACAUCUUUCUAGAAGAUGGAACUAAGUUCCUCGAUGCUACAGGGGGUGCAGCUGUGUCUUGUCUCGGACACGGUAACGAGCAAGUCACCCAGAUCAUCAAAGAUCAGAUGGCCCAACUGUCCUACUGCCACUCUGCCUUUUUUGGGACUCAGGUAGCCGAAGACCUUGCCCAAUUCUUAGUGGAGUCUACUGGCGGAAAGCUAUCCAAGCUUUUUGUUAUCAGCUCGGGAUCUGAGGCUAUUGAGGCUGCACUCAAGCUAGCUCGUCAAUACUACUUGGAGCUUCCAACUCCUCAAGUCCAGCGUACACGAUUUAUUGCGCGUCUUCCCUCCUACCAUGGAACCACAUUGGGUGCUCUAGGUCUAGGUGGCCAUGUUCAACGCCGGCAGCCAUUUGAACCCCUUCUCUCCAAGAAUGUAUCCCAUGUUUCUCCGUGCUACGCGUACCGUGGUAAGCGGGACGGCGAGUCGGAUGCAGACUAUGUGGCACGUCUUGCAGAUGAACUAGAGGCUGAGUUUCAACGUGUCGGUCCCGAAACUGUGUGCGCAUUUGUCGCAGAGCCGGUCGUGGGUGCGGCUCUCGGUUGCGUUCCUGCAGUACCUGGGUACUUCCGUGCAAUGAAAGCUGUCUGCGAGAAGCACGGUGCUCUUUUCAUCCUUGACGAAAUCAUGAGCGGCAUGGGCCGCUGCGGAACCUUGCAUGCCUGGGAGCAAGAGGAUGUUGUUCCUGACAUCCAGACUAUUGGAAAGGGUCUAGGCGGUGGCUAUGCCCCGGUAUCAGGUGUCUUGAUAGGUGAUUCUAUUGUCCAAACAAUGGACAAAGGUAGUGGAAUGUUCCGCCAUGGCCAAACAUAUCAAGGUCAUCCAAUCUCGUGUGCUGCUGCGUUGGCCGUGCAAAAGACUAUCCAGGAACAAUCUUUGCUGGAAAAUGUCCGGACAAUGGGAGCCUACCUUGAGGCACAAUUGAAACAGCGAUUCGAGAGCCAUCCUCAUGUCGGAGAUAUUCGCGGAAAAGGACUGUUUUGGGGUAUGGAAUUUGUCAAAGACAAGGCUACAAAGGAGCCAUUUGAUCCUAAGAGCCGUCUGUCUUUCCGCAUCCAGGAAAAGGGGUUACAACCAGAAUACAGUGUCUCAUUGUACGGUUGUUCUGGCACUGUUGAUGGAAUUCGUGGAGAUCAUCUCGUCCUCGCGCCACCAUACAUCGUGUCGAAAGAGGAGAUUGAUAUUCUCGUUGACACUCUUGAGAAGAUUCUCGAAGAUGUAUUUUCCUCGCUAUAG